AUGUUACCUGCACUUAUCAAGCAUAACAACUACUGUUUUGUACUGCCAGAUCAAACAUGUCAACGUCUUACACUUGCACAGAUUAAACUGGCGACAAACAACUUUGACGAGGCAUUAGUCAUCGGUCAUAGAGGAUUCGGCGAGGUUUAUAUAUCUCUGGAAAAGUUUGAUUCAGUAAACGAUAUUGCAAUUAAGCGGUUGGAUUCUACAUCCAACCAAGGAGUGACUGAAUUUGAGGCCGAAGUUAAGCUCCUUUCUAAACUGCGGCAUGGUAAUAUGGUGCCGCUGGUUGGUUAUUGCAACGAAGGAAACGAGAUGGUCUUAGCUUAUGAGUUUAUGCCCAAUGGGACCCUUGAAGAUCAUCUCCAUAAAGGUGAUACAGAGUUAUCUUGGUUACAACGGCUAACAAUAUGUAUAGGCGCUGCCCAUGGAUUAGACUACUUACACACGGGUACGUCAACUCAACAUGGGGUGAUACACCGAGAUGUGAAGACCUCCAAUAUUUUGUUGGAUUCUAACCUUGCUGCAAGAGUUUCUGAUUUUGGAUUGGCAAAAGUAGGCCCAAUAAAUCAGACACGAACUCAUUUGAGCACUUUAGUCAAAGAGACAUUUGGAUAUAUGGAUCCAUGCUACUUCCAAAGUGGAAAAUUGACAAGAAAGUCUGACGUUUACGCCUUUGGGGUUGUCCUUUUUGAGGAAUGUGGGAAGCAAGUGGUAGAUCCAUCACUUGGUGACGAUGAAUGGAGUUUAGCAGAUUGGGCUAAACACCACUACAAAGAGGGAAGACUCAACGAAAUUAUUGAACAUAGACUGAUUGGACAAAUAUCAAAAAAAUGCUUGAAGGAAUUUGCAGGCAUAGAUGCCCAUUGCUUACAUGAUCAACCAAAACAACGCCCUACAAUGGCGGAGGUUGUGGUCAAGCUGGAGUCUAUAAUGUCACGAGAAAGAGAAAGAGUUCGUUCUGGUGUUGAUGAUGGAAGAUUCAUUAACAAGGUAAGAUAUAUUUUCACAGGCAAAGCUGACUUGAUGCAGACUCGUGCAAAGGGAAGCAAAUCUGAAAUCAGGGCUUGGUAUACUCAGAAAUCAACUGAUCGAGUAACUAGAACUUUCACAUAUGGUGAAUUUGUAAGGGUAAGAACUAAAUGGGAUUACCACAAGUUCUUCACGGAAUCUGGUGUUGGCUUGGCUAUGUACGUUAGGGAGAGGGAUGUUGGAACUUCUGAGCUGGGUCUCAAACCUGAAGAACUUAAUCAUCCCAACCUUGUUAAACUCUUAGGAUAUUGGUUAGAUGAGCAAGUACUGUCUUGUGUUUACGAGGAAAUUCCUGGCGUGAGUUUAGAUAAGCUUCCUUUUGGAGGCCGAGCCAGGUACGGCUUCACUCUCUUAGGUUGCACGGCUGAAAAUAGUAGGAGCAGCUCAGGGGCUUUCUUUCUUGCAUAUAAGAAGGGGCAUCCAGCGUAUAGCCAAAUUAAGACCUCUUGUAUAAUGGUAGACGAGGAUUACAAUGCUCGACUAUGGGAUUUUGAGGUGGACAACUCAUUUGUGGCUCUUGGUUCAUACGCGUUCCAAAUGGAUGCACCUUAUGUCGCGCCUGAGUGGUUUCGUUACCAAGCAGAUGUGAAAUUUGAGGGUACUAUCAUAGCACAUCAAUGCGAAGACGGUUUUGGAGUGAAGAGUGAGAUCUAUUCCUUUGGAGUGGUAUUGCUUGAAAUACUAACAGGAAUGAAGGUGUAUGAUUAUGACAGACCAGUAGGAAAGCAAAAUUUGGUAAAAUGGGCUACUCCAUUGCUAGCACAUGAGGUAAAUUUGGAAAUGAUUCUGGACCCGCAGCUUCAGGAUAAUAAUCAUCCUCUAAAGGGAGCAUUCAUGUUGGCUGAACUUGUUUCAAAAUGUCUACAACCAACACAAGAUGAACGCCGUCAAUGA